AUGUUACAAAAGUAUUUUAUAUUAUUGUUUAUAUUUCAAUUAUUAAUUGAAAUAAAUUGUCAAACAUCUCCCUCUAUAGAUAAGGAACGAAGCGAACAUACUGCAACGCUUAUUGAUAAAAAAUUAUACAUUUUGAGUGUCCGCUCUGCAUGGGGUGGUGCAAUUAAUGAUACGUUGUUCAUAAUCGAAAAUGCAGCUAUUAAAUUGGCAUCUGUUCACACAUUUAAUCCGCAAAAUAAUUCAUGGAAUACUCCAGUAACAACCGGUAUAACACCUAUUCUUUAUGAUGCUUCAAUAGGAACUAUCGACAAUGAUGGAAAAAUGUAUUUCUGGGAUGGAAUUGGUGAUAUUAUCGCCAUUUUAGAUACAAAAAAUUUAAUUUGGGAAACGAGGAGUUCAAUUGGUGCACCAAAUAUUGGAUUGAAAAGUGCUACCACUUUAUUACCUAAUAAUAUAAUCUAUAUAGAUAGUAGAGUGCCAAUAACUUCGGGAACAAUGCCUCCUAAGAGACUAGAGGCAUCCGCUGUCUUUGGAUUAGACGGUCAAGGGGUAAUCAUUUAUGGAGGUUCUAGUGAUGCUAAACCUGUAGAUUCAUCACUUUAUGAAUUAAAUUUAAUAAAUUAUGAGCUUCAUAUCGAGCAAAUAUUGGGUUAUAACGAAUCAGAAGAAAAUGAUAUUCUAUUACUUGAUAUUAGUAAUAAAGAUGAAUAUAUUUGGACAAAUGAAUAUGAUCCUUCAUCAUCAAAUAUAUCAGCACAAUCAUUUAAUGAAUCAUCAAAAAAUCAUAAUUAUAAACUAGAAUCAUCCAAUAAUGUAAAUAUUCAUAAUCAUGGGCGAGAAUUUGUAGAAUCAUCCAAUAAUGAAAAUAUUUACAAUCACAGACAAGAAAUAGUAGAACCACCUAGUAAUGAACGUAUAUUUAAUCAUGGACGAGAAAUAGUAUAACUGGUAACUCAAGAUCCAGUAAUAAAUAGUAGUUACAAUCAUUGACAUUAUUAACAUUACGAUAUGUACAAGAACUUGAACGAGAGAUCCAAGACUGAAACAAACAAUAAGGUUCCUUUGAGCAUGAAUAAAUUCGGAUAUGUUAUUAUCAAAUAAAUCAAAAGAAUAAUGCGGUAUUCCCAUCUCAAUGUGGUAUGUAAUUUUGUUUGAAUUACUAAAUUAUUGUUUCCCAAACAAACCUUUAUCUGUUAUAUUUUUUUCUUAACAUUAAAC